AUGCCGAGCCUGACACCUCCUGUUCUGACAGAUCCAGUGCAGAAACUUCCAGUGCAAAAACCCCCAGUGCAGAAACCUCCAGAGCAGAAACCCCCAGUGCAGAAAUAUCCAGUGCAGAAACCCUCAGUGCAGAAACCCUCAGUGCAGAAACCUCCAGUGCAGAAACCUCCAGUGCAGAAACCCCCAGUGCAGAAAUAUCCAGUGCAGAAACCCUCAGUGCAGAAACCCUCAGUGCAGAAACCUCCAGUGCAGAAACCUCCAGUGCAGAAACCCCCAGUGCAGAAAUAUCCAGUGCAGAAACCCUCAGUGCAGAAACCCUCAGUGCAGAAACCUCCAGUGCAGAAACCCUCAGUGCAGAAACCCUCAGUGCAGAAACCUCCAGAGCAGAAACCCCCAGUGCAGAAACCUCCAGUGCAGAAACCCCCAGUGCAGAAAUAUCCAGUGCAGAAACCCUCAGUGCAGAAACCUCCAGUGCAGAAACCCCCAGUGCAGAAACCCCCAGUGCUCUCCCUGCACGGACAGAACCCAUCCACACCUCGUGGCACGCAUAUGCAAAACCAGAUGCAGAUGGGAGAACAGCUGAUGUUUGGAGACGAGGAGCUCUGGGUGUGA